AUGGAUAUGCUUGUGGUCGGUGUGGUCGAAAAUCUCAUUCAAAGUCAGAGUGUCCAGCCAAGGAUUGGGUUUGUUUCAACUGUUCAAAAAAGGGACACACUUCUCAUAUGUGUAGAAAUAAUAAAAAAUUUUGAGGUGGAUUCAGGCGCAGCUGUCACUCUGUUACCAAUUAAUGUCUAUAAUGCAGAGUUGUCGGGUUUUUUACUUCAGCCAAGUGAAGUUAGGUUGAUCACUGUAAAUGGGAAGUCUAUGAAAACCAUGGGUAGAGAUUGGUUAGACAUAGUUAACCCACUGUGGAGAAGUCAGAUUGUGUGUACUAAACAAGUGGAAGUUUUAGUGGUGAAUGAUAGGUCAGUGGAAAAGUUUAAAGUUAAAUAUCCUAAAGUAUUUUCUAAUAAUGUGGAGCCAAUAAGGGUGUUUGAGGCUACUAUUGUGAUAAAAGAAAAUGUGGUACCAGUGUUCCAUAAAGCGUAUGAUGUUCCCUAUGCGAUUAGAGAUCAGGUGAUUAAAGAGUUGAACGCUUUAGAAAGCCAAGGUAUCAUCACAAAAGUGUCACAUAGUCAAUGGGCAUCUCCAAUUGUGUGUGUUCCACGUAAGAAUGGUAAAAUCCGGUUAUGUGUUGAUUUGAAAGUCACAGUAAAUAGAAAAGUGUCAUUUUUUAAAGAGUCCAUCGAUUAUCUUGGUUAUCGGUUGAAUGGUAGUGGUUUGUAUCCUAAUCCAGAGAAAGUGGAUGCUAUUAAAAAUGCACCUGUUCCAGUAAAUGUGACUCAACUCAAAUCUUAUUUAGGUCUAUUAAAUUAUUAUCAUACAUUUUUGUCGUUAUCCUCACUAUCUGAUGUUAUGGAACCGUUAUUAAGCCUUUCUCGUAAAAAGUCUGAGUGGAAUUGGUCUUCAAAAUGUGAAAGAGCAUUUAUCAAGACAAAAGAUUUAAUAGCUGAAAAGUCUUGUCUGGUGUUAUACAAUAGUAAUUUACCUUUGGUUGUAGCAACAGAUAGUAGUUCUUAUGGUAUUGGUGCAGUCUUAAGCCAUAGCAUAGAUGAUAGGGAACAUCCUAUUAUGUUUGCAAGCACCACUUUAUCUGAGACUGAGAAGCGUUAUAGUCAGUUGGAUAAGGAGGCGUUAGCUAUUAUAUUUGGUGUCCGCAAAUUUCAUAAGUUUAUUUAUGGCCGUCCGUUUAAGUUAGUGACAGAUCAUGAACCAUUAAAACAAAUAUUUAAUCCGUCUAAAAGUAUUCCACAGUUAUCUGCUGCACGUCUGCAACGUUGGGUUAUUAUAUUAGCUGCUUACAAUUAUGAAAUAGUUUUUAAAAAAGGAGAAAGCAAUUCUAAUGCUGAUGGUCUUUCACGUUUACCUUUAGAGUCUAAGGAAUCAGUUGAUAAUGAAUGUUGCUUGGUGUCGGUGUUGAAUGAUGAGUUAAAACCAUUUUAUAAAAACCGUCUUAAGUUGUCGCUUGAAUCUGGUUGUAUCUUGUUUGGUAAUCGUGUUGUCAUUCCAAAACGUUUGCAAGUACAAGUCUUAGAUUUACUGCAUAAGGGUCAUCCUGGAAUAGUGCGUUGUAAAUUGUUGGCUCGUUCAUAUGUUUGGUGGCCUACUAUAGAGGUUGAUAUUUUAAAGUAUGUACAAUCAUGUAUGCCAUGCCAAGUGAAUCAGUAUGAUAAAAUUAAAAAAAUAUAUGCUCCUUUGCCAGAAACAUCACAAACUUGGAUGCUUUUACAUUUAGAUUUAUUUGACGCCCAGCAGUGCAAGUUUUUAAUUUUAAUUGAUGACUAUUCCAAGUGGAUUGAGGUAUGGCUGAUGCAGAGUACUGGCACUAAGUCUGUAGUGGAUAAACUAAAAUCUUGUUUUUCUUGUUUUGGGUUGCCAGCAAUUGUAUUAGCUGAUAAUGGGCCUCCAUUUAACAGUGAAAACUUUAAACAGUUUUUACUUAAAAAUAAUAUAAAAUAUAUGAAUUCACCUCCUUAUAACCCAACCUCUAAUGGGUUAGCUGAAAGAGGUGUUCAGACCAUAAAAAAAUACUUAUUAAAGAAUGUUGUGGCUGGGUGUCCACCGGGGAAAGAAGCAAUGAAGGAUAAGUUAUUAAGGUGCUUAUCUAAUUACCGUAAUACACCUUGUACAACUACACAGGUUGCUCCAGCAGAACUUAUGUUUAAAUUUAGACCUAGGAUCCAGUUAUCUUGGUUAAUUCCUAAGAGUAAAGUGCAGUUAGAUUUAAAUACACCUGUCACCAGGGAAUUUAGUAUUGAUGACAAAGUCUUGAUUAAGAAGAACUUCAUUAAUAAAAAGGGUUAUACUUGGGAAUUGGGUAGAGUAACAAAAAAAAUUGGGUCAGUAGUUUAUUUGGUUAAAGUUAAUGAAAAAAUAAGGAAAGUGCAUGUUAAUCAAAUGAGAAAGAGUUAUUUAGCUGAUCGUCUUCAUUCACCUAAGUCUUUAUCGGUUUGUGAAGAUCUUAGUUUCAGUAACUUGGGCUCAAUUCCAAUAAUACUACAAACAUUAAUGAUACAUUGGGUACAGAGUUGA